AUGUCUUCCUUAAGUUGUCGAGGCCGAGAAGAAGAAGACAGAAAAGAAGGGAAAGGCUAUUGCUUUAGCGACUCCCUCCUCUGUCUUCCUCGGCCAUCGGGGUCUCCCGAGGUUGUUACCUGCGCUGAUCCUCCUACUCUGGCUGCCGCAGAUUCUCCUUGCCGAGAUGAGGAUGACGCGACCGAACUGGAAUCAGGUGACGUUGCCGGUAUUACUGAGGUCGGAGCUCGAGGCUUUGUUGGUUUAGAUUCCGAUGCAAUAUAUCUGGAGUGGAAGGGUGGUGCUCCUCUUAUGGAUAACAACGAAUUCGACAGCGAGAUGGUUUGGGGCUGCAAGCUUAAGCCACGCUGGGGGGUUCCACAAAAGGAACUCGAAUUCAAAGGAGCUUUCGACGAGGCUUCUGGUAGUCACGUCAGAGAUGAGGGAAAAUUUGCCGCGCUGAUUCAAUUCUAUGACGGGGCGCUCAAAGGUGCUCGAAACGAGGUUGAUCGAAUGAAGGCUGAGUUAGCCGGCAAUCCUGGUGAUGAUAUGGCCGAUGAUUAG